GACACAACCACUCCUGAUUCUACUGCAAACUAUUCAACACUACUCACCUUAUUCAAGAAAGGUAUUGCUAUUCAAACCAACUGUUUCAUAGCAGCCAUACUUGACCUGCUGUUUCUUUUACACAUCACAUCUAAUAGGGAAUAUCCUAUAGUACUCUACACCGUCAUUGCAAGCUGCUUCCGUGGUUAACAAGCUGAUAGAAAUGGCGACUCUAAAUUUAUCAGCUAAUGGACCGUCUAUAUCAAAGAGCUAUCAAAAUGUGAUCAACUCGUCUUUUCCCAGUUCUGGCAUGGGUUCCCCUACUUACGGGCAAUGGGUGAUCUUCUCUGUCUCCACGCCUCUCGUAAAUGCAUUCCAGAGAGAUAGUGGCAACAAGGAAAGUGUCUUGAAGGUUCAGGAUACCGGAGCCGGUGAAUUGGUGGAUCUUAUCGAUGAAUUUUCCGAGGGGAAAAUACAGUUCGCUUAUGUCAAAGUUGUAGACCCCAAUACGGGGCUCACGAAAAACGUUCUCAUUGCCUGGUGUGGGGAGGGCGUCCCAGAGCGAACAAAAGGGUAUUUUACCAGUCAUCUGGCCGCUGUUUCCAAGUUCCUGCAUGGAUAUCAUGUACAAAUAACAGCUCGUUCAGAGGGAGACUUAACCGCCGAGGGAAUCAUACAGAAAGUUGGCGAUGCAUCUGGCGCAAAGUACACUCCCGGCACAACUCAACAACCUUCUCUGACGCCCAAACCACCAGUAUCCACGAAGCCGGUUUUUACACCUAGCCGAACGGCUGCCAUUGAUUUGAGUACAGGAGCAACUCGUCCAGAGCGGCGGAUUAGGAAAGAUGAGGGUGAUAACGAUGGCUGGGGCCCCGAUGCACCACCAGUUACCAGGACCGAGCUUGAAAAGGUUAAGCCAGCUUAUAAUCCUACGAAGGUGAAUAUCCAGAAGCUCAAGUCGGAAUCAAACGUUGCGGCAAACACUACUUUCGACAAUGUCCCUGAGGAUCGUGGUGAUAUUGUCAAAGGUGGCUAUCAGCCUGUUGGGAAGGUAGAUAUUGCCGCAAUAAGGAAACAGGCACGUGAAGCAGGCAACCUUCGUGAUGAACGGCCCGAGCCUGUGAGAGGCGCAUACGAGCCUGUUGGAAAAGUCGAUAUCGCUGCAAUUCGUUCCAAAGCCCAGAACCCAAGUGCCUCUUCCGGGAGCAAUGAGCGUGAGACUAACUACUCCCAAGAGCCAGUCAAGGAUGUAACACCGCUUGGUAAUCCAGAGCGCCUGACCAGCUUACCAAAGCCGAAAGUGUCGAAUAAGUUCGGUGUCAAUUCAACCUUUACAGGGACAAAGCCACCCCUGCCCAGUGUCCCCACUUCGAAGCCGAAUGCAGCAGUAGCAAAAUUUGGGAGUGCAAGCCGCACAUUUGCCGACGAGGGUGGUAAGACACCUGCGCAGCUCUGGGCAGAACGGAAAGCAAGAGAACGGGGACUAGAUAACAUUUCUGUUUCGUCACAUUCGUCCAACACCGAUACAAUCUCCCAAAGCCAGCAUAGCGACAGAGGGGACUGGAAAAGUUCAUACAACGGAAAAGCCUGGGCUCCGGUUCAAACUACACACACUGGCAAGUCAUUCAGCAGUGACGUUCCGCAAACGUAUCAGACAUCGGAGCCUGUCUCAAAUGAUUCGUCUCAAACAGAUACCCCGAACUCACCAAGUGUUCAUGCCAUUAGGGAUCAGUUCUCCCAAGGUUCUUCGGACCCUCCUCCGGUACAAGAGGCUGUUCUGGAUCGUGGUUAUACUGUACCUCUACCUGGCCUCCAGGCUGGCUCUCAGGUGUCGGAAACCUCUCAUGAAUCUGUGGCUCAUCAAUCACUUCCCACACCGCCGCAACAACCUCGCUCCCCAACCCCACCGACGCCAGCCCGCGAGACUUCACCCAUACGUAUUGCUGUACCAGUUGGGAAAGGACUUACAGAUGUCCAUGAUGAACAACGCUCCCCACCACAAGUUAUACCUGUUCAGAGCCUCCAACACACAGUACCAAAAGAUGAAGACCUUGAAGAUGAUAAACACGACCUUGGACGUGCAACAGCCGAAGCUACUGUUAGCGACGAACUCCAAGAAAAGGGAAUUCAAGCCCUUGUGCAGUAUGACUACGAGAAAGCGGAGGAUAACGAGAUAGAACUCAGGGAAGGCGAGUAUGUGACUAACAUCGAAAUGGUCGAUCAAGACUGGUGGCUGGGGUCCAAUGUCCAGGGGCAUAGAGGCCUUUUCCCCAGUAAUUAUGUCGAGAUCAUUGCAGACGAGCAACGAAUUCAGGACGUGUCGGACGUCCAGGAUGAUAAGGUCGAGAUGAAUUCCCCAGUGCCUGUUAUGAGGGUUACCGAGUCUCCCGACCAAGCCCCAGCCCCAGCACCGGCCCCAGCUCCAGUCAAUGAGUCGACUGCGACGGCGUUGUACGACUACGAAGCUGCUGAAGACAAUGAACUAAGCUUUCCGGAGGGCGCUGAGAUAACAAAUAUUGAAUUCCCCGACGAUGAUUGGUGGCUUGGUGAAUACCUUGGAAAGAAGGGACUUUUCCCCGCAAACUAUGUACAACUUGCAAAUUGACCAACGUGUGAAAGACGAUGGCCUGUAGUUUGUACAAAUGUACGGCGCGAGACAGCCCCGUACAUUUAUCAGCUGGGCAGGAAGACGUGUGAAGCAGAGGGGCAAGAGUUCGUGUAUGGCCGUGGAAGGACGAUGUUGCUCCCUUACAUUUAGUGUUGUGGGCUUGUACUCCGCCUUCAUGUUUUGUAAUUGUACUAGGUAUACUGGGUAUGCGGCUGUUAUCGAUCAUGGUGUACAUUUUGAAGACUUGUAUCAAUCCAAUGGUAUGAUCUGAAGCUGGCUACAACCUCAGGAAAAUUGAUGACGUCUUAC